UGGGCCAAAUAUUGUAGGUGUGUUGUUGGUGUACGACAGGAUGUCAAUAAGGCUAUCACUGAAAGGGUAGCCUUUACUGUGACAACAUACCAAUAUCAUAACAUUCAUGUCAAGUGUCAAAAUGAAGCGAGUAGGAUACUGGAUAAGUGAAAAGAAGAGUAAAAAACUGAAUUUUGAAGACCAUAGGGAACUGUUCAGGAAUGCAGGAUUUGAACUUGUUAAGAUUGACCUAACAGCACCUCUAGAACAACAGGGACCAUUUGAUGUAAUUAUACAUAAAUUAACAGAUUAUUUAGCUAAAGCUAAUGAAGGCUAUCAACCAGCUCAAGACUAUAUACAACGCAUGCAGAUGUAUGUACAAGAUCACCCAGAAUGUAUUAUGAUGGAUCCAAUUGACAGCCUUCAGAAACUUCUGAACAGAAACAAACAGUAUAAAUCAGUUUUAAAAUGUGAUCUGCUUAGUCAAGAUUCUUCAGUCUUCACACCAACAUUUGUUCAACUUACGACAAAAGAUAUGGAAAUUAAUAGAAAAAAAUUAACAGAAGCUAAAGUUACAUAUCCUUUUGUUUGUAAACCAACUGCAUCUCAUGGCUCAAGAAUGGCACAUAUGAUGGCUAUAAUAUUCAACGAAGAAGGUUUAAAAGAUAUUAACCCACCAUGUGUUGCCCAGUCAUUUAUCAAUCACAAUGCUGUACUUUUUAAAAUCUUCGUUAUUGGCAGUAAAGUUUUUGUAGUAGAGAGGCCAUCGCUAAAAAAUCUUUAUCCUUCUGAUCAGGCAACUAUUUGCUUUGAUACACAAGAAGUUUCUAAACGAGAUUCUACACAUUUUUUGAACCAACUUGAUGCUUCGGAUUUAGACAGUUCACCUGUUGUACCAGAUAUGGAAAGAUUAACUGAGGUUGGAAGAAGUAUUCGUCGGGCCAUGCGAUUAGAUUUAUUUGGUGUAGAUGUUAUUAUUGAUAGUGAGAUUAAAAGCUAUGCUGUGAUAGAUAUCAAUUCAUUCCCUGGAUAUGAUGGCAUUGACAACUUUUUUGAUAUUUUGAUUGACUAUUUAAAAGAUGUAACAGGGGACCCAAAAAAUAAAAUUGAAGAAAGCAACAAUGAAGAUAGUUUGCAAGUUCGAAAGAGGUUAAAGCCAGAAACUGAAAAAACAGAUGAAAUUUCUUCAGAGAGCUACCUGAACAUCGAAGCUAAAAAUAUUCUAGUUCAAGAUGUCCCAAAUGGACUUGUAAAUAAUCAGUAUUCAUUUGUUAAUAAACACAGUAAUACUAUAGGAAAUAGUGCAACUAAUGGGCUCUGACACAACUCCACUUUUUUUUUUUAUAUAAAAAGUAAAAACAAAAUACUAUCUUGUCAAAUUUAUACAUUGUACAUAUUAUUUUACACUUUCAUAUACAUAAAAUAACAUAGAAUAAGCAUGUUCAAUUCAUUUAAUUUUAAUCAUUAAUUGAUAAUGCUAUAUCAAAUAAUUCUGUAUUAAUCUGUAUGUUAAUUAAGGGAAUGGUUUGCAAUUUGGAUUUUUGUUGAGCUGAUAUUUAUAUUUUAAUUAUCAUUAGCUUACUGUCUGUAGAAAUUAGCUUAGUUAUAACAAGACUAUAGCUAUCUAUAGAUAUUAGUUUUUGUUAUAACAAGACUAUAGCUGUAGCUUUGUUAUAACAAGUCUAUAGCUAUCUAUAGACAUUAGCUUUGUUAUAACAAGUCUAUAGCUAUCUAUAGACAUUAGCUUUGUUAUAGCAAGACUAUAGCUAUCUGUAUACAUUGCAGCUAAAAUAUGUGGUGAUGACCCAAGCUUACUCAUUGAAUUAUACAUGCCAUGUUAUUUCAUUAUUUUCUUAACCCUAUGGGGUAUCACAAGAUCCCAGUGUAAGUGGGUGAUUAUGUUUUUUCAUUGGUUGCACUGUACUGGAAAUAGACAUAAUUUUUACAUAAACUAUUUAUAUCUUGAAAAAGGAUUUCCUUUCUGACAAGAAAGUAGAUUAAUAAACUCAAUGAGUGUAUGUACAAUGAUAAGUAUUGAAGGUACAUAUAUAUGUAGUAUUAAUUUUGUUAUAUAUCAUAUACUACCAUAUACAAUGCAUUUCAAUCUAUACCAAUAGCUUUUUAUAUAUAACUUGUAUAUUAUUACACUAACAUUAUAUAGUAAUAAUUUGAUAUUGAAUAAAACUUGGGGGAUUUUUUAAUAAACAUCCACAUUCAUUAAGAUAGUGAACAAUUUUAUAUAUUAUGAUCUCGUAUUAACCUGUAGAGUAAUAAUUUUCAACUUAAAACUGAUUUUUAUGUGUCAGUUAAUAAUAUUGCUUCAUCAAAUGUCAAACUGGUAAAGAAAUAUUUUAAACUUGAACUUUUGUCCUGUGCAUACUUUUGCGGUUUAAUGGACUACUGAUACUUUUAUUUCCGAACUUGAUUGAACUUGAAGGGACAUUUCGCUCUAUAUUCUCAGCUAAACUACGGGUAAAAUAAAUGUGUAUCAGACUCAACACUGUGCCAUUGAAACAGUGAAAGUUUCAGAUAUAUAUGUAGGUUUUACAUAUUCUCAUUAACAGAUACUUUAAAUAAGCUAGUUCUAAUCAAGAGAAUCUUUUGAGCAUAAUAUCGCAUUAAAUUGUUUGAUUUUUUGUUUUGUUUCUGUAUUUGGCUUCCAUAAUCAUACAGCAAUAUAUAUGGCUAAACUUUUUUUUCCAAAUACAUAAUAAUGUAUUCUAAGAAAUCAGUAUGGUGUUGUGUUCAUAAAUUUUAAAAUAUUUUACAUUCCGACGAAUACAUAGCAACUAGAAACAACAUAGCAUUUGAUUUGAAAAUAAAAGUUUUAUUUUUUUGAAGGGGCUAUAAAUGUUCUUACAUAAUUAUGUUGUUAUUAAAACAUCUUCCUUUAAAAUUAAAAGAAAUGAUAUGCAUUAGUCUUUCUCUAGUCAAUUAACUUACUCCCAAAUCAUUCAACAGGAGGUAAUUCCACUUCUGCUAUAUGCCAUAUACACCCAUCUAAAAGUUGCUUUAUCUGCUUCAAGUCAAUGAAUAUUUUAGCACUGAUACCACUAGUGUAAAAUAAAUAAAGUCAGAGAGCUUUGAAUUUGUUAUUUGAAAUUUUAUGCUACAACCAGAGAAUAUGAAGAGGGUUUAUGAAAAAUAAAAGAUCAUCCUUUUCAGCUUUAGUGACAAUUUUCUCUGGAAACCCAACUUAUUGAAUUAUAUUUUACUAAUACUUCCCUUUAGUAAGAUCUAAAUGAGGGCAUAUAAGGCCAUACAAAAAUAAUAGUCUGGUUCUCAGAUACUCCUGCGUCACUAAAACAGGGACACAUGACCUGUUUUAUUUUCUCAAGAAUUUGGUCUUUACAGGCAUUACUUAUAGACAUGGAAGGAUAGUCUGAGAACCAGAAUUUUUUUUAUUAGUAUUGCCUAAUAUAUCAAAAUUUUGCUUGCCAUGUUUUGCGGGCAAGCGCUUUAUGCAUACCGUAGUAAGGACAUUUUAAAAUAGCAAAUAUAUAUCUUUAUUACCAAUAUAUACUCAGUAGGUCUACUGCUAAUUUGAAUUUUGUAAGACUUCUAAUUAUAGAAUUAGAAUCACAUAUUAUUACUAGUAAUCUUUACCAAUCUAUGAUAAUUUGUAUAUUUUGAAUAUUUUAAACAAACUGUUAAUGGUUUAAGAGUUUAAGGUCUGUAUUUUGACUUAACUCAAGCUCUAAUUUUAUUUUUAUCAAAGUCUAUUUUAUAAUGAAUUUAGCUUGUUGCAUGUUUAUUUUUAUGAUCGUUGAUUAAAUUAAACGCUUUAUAAGAUUUGUUAUGAUUUUGAAUCAAUGAAUAAUUUACACUUUUGUUUUUUUAAUGUUGAUUUAUUGUAUUAUUAUACAUACAUGCUGUAUUUAAAAACAUGAAAGGCUGCCUAAUUUAAAAGGGGCGUAAGGAUAAUACUGAAAUUGAAAAUACUUAAUCUCUAUUUCAUCAAUGUAUCAUAUUCAACUAAACCAAAAUUAUUUGAUUCUGAGAGAGAAAUAAAGAGUUUAUCAUUCAUUUAUUAGAAUAUCUUCAUCACAGGAAUAACUAAGUACUAAAAAUUCUGCUUUCGAUAUUAUGGUACUAAGAUUGUAGGAUCAAAAGAAUUGUCUCAACUGUUGCAAAAAAUCAAAUGAAAAAGUUUGAUGUAAACAUGGGCUAAAUUACUGAGCAGAGGCAGUUACCAAAGUCUUACCCCUGACCCCAAGUUUUUCCUCAAUUUUAUAACUCACCGUUAAAAAAGAAAAAAAAAUGAUACUGUUUUGGAUGGCAUAUUUUGCUUUGAGCACAGGUACACGUAUUAAACAAUUAAGUGUAAAUGAGCUCAAGUGCAUGUAAUAAACAAUAAAGUGUAAAUUUACAAGUAAAAUAACAAAAACCCAUCAGAUCCAUUCUUAUAUACUUGGGUUUUAAAAUUCCCAUAAUUCACCACAAAACAAAGUCCAAGCAGUAUAGACAAUUUGAUUAGCCAAUAGGUGCUCGUGAUACCAACACCAUAUGAAAAAUGUCCAUGCCAUGUACAGUACUCUUUGAAUGCAGAGUUUCAACUACAUGCUAUGUUAUAUAUGAUAAAAUAUCGUAACUGCCUUAAAUACAGAUACAUUUUGCCUCAUGUAAUAGUUACACUUAAAUGUUGGGAUAUUUUGGGUUAAGGGCUCGUUUUGGUAUAUUUAUCAGUCAAUUAAACUGUGAAAUAUUCUAUUUUGAAGAAUCACACCAGAUUUGUAUAUGACAUGUCACAAUGAUAAAUUCAAAAUAUUGUGAAACAAGAAAAAACAAAGAAGGUAGAUAUAAAUGCAUACAUGUCCUCUGAAAUGAAUCCAACUAUUGGUAUCCUGCUCUUUAAAUGAUCUUCAUUGGUUUCUUAUAGUUCAAACGUACUUACAUCAUAGUUCUGUUACUGGCUUUUAAUUAUUGAACUGGAAAUACACAGGACACAAUUCUAUGGAAUACAAUUAAUGUUUAUUACUGAAUUGUCUCCUGUGUAAUUCUGUUAUAAUGCUUGAUUAUUUUAUAGGGCGACCUUUGGUUAUAAGUUUUUCACAACUAGUGGUCCUAAAUAGAAACCGAACAUGAAUAGUCUGGACCAUCGUCUGUUCAAAGAUGGCUGCCCCCAGGGACAUGGUGAUGUCAUUUUACUCUGCUUUAGACCUCGACCAUAACCCUGAAAAAAAAACAACAGUAACCCCAAGGACGGUCUAUACAUCUCUCCAUGGAGGAUAAUGAAUCACUGUGUUAUAUUUAUAUAGUUCAAAUUAAUUUUAGAGACAACAAAAUUCCUUGUAACUUGACUUUACUCUUUGCAUAGUGCAAAUAUUGAAAUAAUGCAUAAUUUUUAGACUUACAUAGAUUUAGACAUAACAUACGAGACAAAAAAUAUCUGCUCAUAGAAGUAGCAACCAUUUAAAAUUCAUUCAAGCUUUCUUAAAAUUAUAUACUUAACAAAAAUAGAUUCUUUCUACAUAUUCUACACUUUGGUUUCAUCGACACCGCCAUCUUGGAACUACUCCGACCAUGCCACAAUAGCAUGGUUCAGUAUUUUCGGACUAUGGUCCGGACUAAAUGAAAUUCUGAUUCAAUUAGUUCGACCAUAGUCAAGAAAUCACGAUAACCGAAGGUCGCCUAGGGUGUUCUACAUUUCAUGAUUCCGUUGCUUAAUGAGGUAGCUAUUCAGGCUGUUUUGUAAUUUUCUUUAAUAUGUCAUAGAAAAUAUGAAUCAGAAUUAAUGUAUUUAAUUCUAAUUUGCAUUAUUAUUUGUUUUAAAAAUUUCUCCUGCAGCAUAAUCUAUCUUUAAACAGGGUUGAACAUUUAAAAGUUUCUGCUCCGAAUUUCUGAUUAUUUAAUAUUAUAUAUCAAGUUAAAAUUAUAUAUGCAUUUCAUUCCGUUUUUUGGGGUGAUGGUUUAGUUGUAUACUCCACUUCUUUAUAUGGCACAUUCAAUAAUGCACAGGUUGUGAUUGUUCAACUACAUGUCAACCUACUAAUCAGAGUGUUGUACAGAAAAUUCUGCGAAAAUCAUUUGAUUUGAGACAUUUCAUUUGCUGUCUUUAUUAAAGUGAAUGGGAUUAUUAAGUUUUUGUCACAGGGCCAGUACUCACUUUUCUCAAAUCAUAAAUGUGUCUUUAGGUCUUAAUGGAGUGACGUCUACAAAACCAGAACGAAAAUAACACUUAGUUUUAGAUUUUGUUAAAGAUACUUUCCCAGCAAAGUAUUUAUCGGGUGGUUCUUUCCAAUAAAAGUAUGUCAAAUUUGGUAUACAUGGAAAGUAUAGACACCCAAUCUUACUAGAAAAAUACUGGAUGACCCGAAAAACGCCAAUGGGGCAAGCACUGGGCAAAAUUGUCAGGGUAUCGCUAACUGGCAACCGGUUAUCUGCCAGCUUAUUGUGUGCCAGCUUAAGUGAGGGAGCGGUUGUUAUUUCUUGAUCAAAUGGUUAGGUGGUUUUGGGAACAUUGAGGGGUGUCAAGGUACAAAAGACUCUGCAAAUAAACGGCGGAAAAAGAAGUUGACAGAAAUAAUUAAGAAUUUACUUAGGCCUCAAUAGGUAUGGUAAAUGAACAGUAAGUAAUGAUAAUUACAUUCUGAAAAAUGGACCCUCCCACAAUGAAGCUAAUUUAACAGACAUUGCGUCUAACAACAGCUUACGUAUAGCUAUAGGUAUCCCCGGCGAAUACAAAGUUUUGAGAGGGAAUUGAAGCAAAUUUUUGAUAGAUUGGUCACUUUGAAUAUGUUUUUAGUCCAAAUAUAUCAUUAAAUCACAAAGUUUGUACACGGGAAUGUAUCUUUAGGUAAAAAAUCCAAGUUGUAUGCAAUUGUGGUUCUCCUUGUUUUUUUUAUGAUUUAUAAAACAUUCAUGUCGAUGAAUAUUCCCCAUUAAAUUUAAAUAGGCACUUUCGUGAUGAAAUAUUUCAUGAUUAACUUCAUAAAUACAAACUAGUGAUGUUGUAAAUAUAAGUUUAUAUUUUAAAUUUAUAAAGAAAACUAUUAAAUUGGUUGAAUAAAUCGAUGGUCUGUAAAUUCAAAGAAUUUUGUUAAAAAAUAAAAAUUAAAUUGUUUUUGACUAAUUGUAUAUUAUUUCUAAAAUCUGACUGUGAUCAGAAUAUUUGAUUUAUAACAAUGAUUUUUAUAAUAAUUUAUUGUUAUUGUUCUCACUAUGUAAGGAAAAUAAUUGUAUUCAUACCUACUAACAGUACAUUAAAACAUAGUAACAAGGUUGUAAACAUAUUUUAACAGGCAAACACACUCUAAGAUAACAAAUAUUAUUUCUUAGUACUGAUAUAUUAAUCAUUUGAGUAUUAAACAGAAAGGUGUGGUUAUAUCUUCUUGCCAAUAAAUUAAUUAAACUAAACUAUCAAUCAUUUAUACUCAACUUGGUUUAUAAUUUAAUACAGUAAUUAAAUUGCCUGUAAUUAACAUGUAUAUUGUACUGCACAGCAAAACAUAGCAAUAGCAUCUUAGCAUAACCAAAUUACAAAGAAAAUUACCUGCUAUAUAUGGUUCAGAAAAUCCAAGUAAGUGUAGUUUAUGGACGAGAUGAGGGGAUUAUUUGAAAAUGACAUAAAAUUGGCUUCAUACCAUUUGUUUGUAUAGUUGGCUAAUCAACAUGUUCUGAUGAUAAUCAGUAAUACUGAGCCCUCAUAGUCUAGUAAGUUGGAACAUGGUUAUUCCAAGAUGAAGCAAUAGAGGCUCAAAAAUGUUUUAUCAUAAAUAUUAGCCAUCAUCAAUUUCAUGUAAGCUAUGUACAAAUGUAUUAAUAAAUUAUGUACAUAUAUAUUCGUCA